AUGUAUCUCCGCCUCCUCCUGCUGACCCUGCUGACUGGACACUCAACAUCUGAAGUUAUUCUAUCUAUAUGUCGCUAUGCGCUAGGGAUGUAUGACCGGACAAUUCGUGAUGAGGAUAUCACUGCUUCUAGUCAGUGGUAUGAGUCAACUGGACCACAGUUUGCACGGCUUCAACGGGAGGAAGGCGAUGGAGCUUGGUGCCCCGCGGGUUUGCUUCAGCCCGAAGAUGUCCAGUUCUUACAGAUACAUCUACACAAACUGUAUUUCAUUACACUGAUUGGAACUCAAGGACGUCAUGCUCGGGCUACCGGUAAAGAGUUUGCUAGAUCCUACCGUGUGGACUACAGUCGAAAUGGAGAUAGGUGGCUUUCAUGGAAAGACCACCAAGGCCAGCAGAUAAUCAAAGGCAAUGUUGAUGAAUAUGAAGUAGUCCUGAACGACCUAAGACCCCCAAUUAUUGCCAGUCACAUCCGAGUCAUCCCUGUCACCAAGGUCCCCAUGACAGUGUGUAUGAGGGUGGAACUGUACGGCUGCGCCUGGUAUGAUGGUCUGAAGUCCUACAGUAUUCCAGAAGGAGAGACCUAUAUGGCUCCAGGACAUCCAAUAGCAUAUUUAAAUGAUUCCACCUAUGAUGGAUACCUGGGUAGGCGGCUGUUUGACGGUUUGGGGCAGCUGACGGAUGGCGUGCUAGGGUUAGACGACUUCACGCAGAGCCACCAGUAUCGCGUUUGGCCAGGCUACGAUUAUGUCGGCUGGAAAAAUGAAAGCACACGCAAUGGAUAUGUAGAGGUUGAGUUCCAGUUUGAUAGACCAAGAAACUUCACUUCUAUGAAGGUCCACUGUAACAACAAGUUCACUAAAGGGGUGAAGAUUUUCCAGAGGGCCGAGUGCCUCUUUAAAUCACGUCAACAAUCUGACUGGGAGCCAGAGUCAGUGGGGGUGGUGACCGUGCUGGAUGACAAGAACCCAAGUUCACGGUUUGUCAUAAUCCCAUUACAGCAACGAGUGGGGAGCUUCAUCCUCUGUAGGUUUUACUUCGCCGACACAUGGAUGAUGUUCAGCGAGAUCUCUUUUCAGUCAGGUAAUGCAUUGCUAACCAUUAUGUUGAGACAGCAGCGGGAGCCAUUGGCUCCCACUACUAUCAAUCAUAUGGUCAAACACGAUGAGCCUAAAACAUCUGUUCUGAUUGGCUGUUUGGUGGCCAUAAUUCUUUUGCUUGUUGUUAUAAUAGUUUUGAUCCUGUGGAAGCAAUACAUACAGAAGCGGCUGGAAAAGGCUCCACGUCGGAUUCUGGAAGAAGAUGCCACUGUUCGCCUUUCCUUCUACAGUUACACUAUUGGCAACAACAACCAGACUCAAAUCCAUCAGUCCAACCCAACAUAUGAAAGGAUAUUCCCUCUAGAUCUUGACUACCAGCAACCCACCAAACCACUGCGCAAGCUUCCUGAACUAUCACAGAGUGCUGAGGAUUCAGGUAAGAGAAAUCUGACCAAGUCCACCCCACACCAGGGAUUUCAGAACAGCGUUCCUCACUAUGCAGAAACAGAUAUUGUCAAUCUUCAAGGGGUGACCGGAAACAACAUGUACGCUGUGCCUGCCCUGACUGUGGACUCACUCACUAAGAAGGACAUCAGUGUUGGUGAAUUCCCACGCAACCAGUUACGGAUGAAAGAGAAACUUGGCGAGGGUCAGUUUGGAGAGGUCCACCUGUGUGAGGUUGAGGGUCUGCAAGACUUUCUGGAAAUGUCCUCGAGUGACUGCAGCAAUCAGCCGGUUCUGGUGGCCGUGAAGAUGCUGAGAGCCAAUGUUACUAAAACAGCAAGAAAUGAUUUUCUGAAAGAAAUAAAGAUCAUCUCUAGGUUGAAGCAUCCAAACAUCAUUCGCUUGCUGGGUGUCUGCGUCCGGGAUGACCCCUUGUGUAUGAUAACUGAGUAUAUGGAGAAUGGAGAUCUCAACCAAUUUCUCUCCCAACGAGAGAUCCGCAGUCAGUUCACCACAGCUAACAACAUACCAUCUGUCAGCCUCCACAACCUCUUAUACAUGGCCACACAGAUUGCUUCUGGAAUGAAGUAUCUGGCCUCGCUGAACUUUGUACACAGAGACCUGGCCACACGGAACUGCUUAGUAGGAAACAACCACACACUCAAGAUAGCAGACUUUGGGAUGAGUCGGAACCUAUACAGUGGAGACUAUUAUCGUAUCCAGGGCCGAGCGGUGCUCCCGAUUCGCUGGAUGGCCUGGGAAAGCAUUCUCUUAGGCAAGUUCACAACCUCCAGUGACGUCUGGGCAUUUGGGGUCACACUAUGGGAGAUGUUUACGCUGUGUAAAGAACAACCAUACAGCGUUUUGUCUGAUGAGCAGGUGAUUGAAAACACAGGGGAGUUUUUCAGAGACCAAGGAAGACAGGUAAUGAUAUAG